AGCCGGCACGCUGCGGCGGGCAGGCGCUGGGAGUGGCAGCAGGUCGGGACGGAAGAAAGGCUAUCACGUUUCUCUCCCGCGGUGGGUCGUCGCUCCGCCCCCAGCGCCCACGGCCGGGCGCCGCCCACGGGAGCCGCGGUCCCUUUCAGAGGCACGAUCUGAAGGCGCACCCGGGGCCGCCCGCCGCCGCCAUGGCCGCGCAGCGCCUGGAGGACAAGCUGACCUGCGCCAUCUGCCUGGGGCUCUACCAGGACCCGGUGACGCUGCUCUGCGGCCACAACUUCUGCGGGGCCUGCAUCCGGGACUGGUGGAAAUGCCGCGAGAAGGCGUGCCCCGAGUGCCGGCAGCCCUUCCCCGACGGCGCCGAGCUGCGCCGCAACGUGGCUCUGAGCGGCGUCCUGGAGGAGCUGCGCGCCCGGCCCGCGCCGGGCCCUGGCCCCGGCCCCGCGCCGGCCCCCGGCCCCAGCGCGCGCUGCCCCCGGCACGGGCGGCCGCUCGAGCUCUUCUGCCGCACCGAGGGCCUCUGCGUGUGCAGCGCGUGCACCGUGCGCGAGUGCCGCCUCCACGAGCGGGCGCUGCUGGACGCCGAGCGCCGGGAGCGGGAGGCCCAGCUGAGAGCGACACUGGAGGUCACCCAGCAGCAGGCCACCCAGGCUGAGAGUCAGCUGCAGGAGCUACACCAGCAAAGCAGUCAGAUCCAGAGCUCAGCCUGCGCCCUGGCCUCCGUGGUCUUUGGGAAGUUCAGCCGCCUGCUGCAGGCCCUGGAGAUGCGGCAGGCUUUGGCACUGAGGGACAUCGAGGUGGCCAAGACACAGGUGCUGAAGCAGGUCCGGGACGAGGAACAGCGACUGGAGGGCCACCUGGAAGCCUUGGCUCGCUGUGACCGCAGGAUUCGUGACCUCCUGGAGCAGUUGGAUGACCGGACCUUCCUCCAGGAAUCACAGCUCCUGGUACCCCCAGGGCCCCUCGGGCCACUGACUCUCCCUCAGUGGAAUGAAGAUGGGCAGCUAGGUGGCCUGAAGGAGUCACUGAGCCAGCUGUGUACCCUUCUCCUGGAAGAGGGGGGCCACCCUGGGGCACGAGCCGAAGCUGCUGACUUGGGCUCCACUGAGGCCCCAGGUCCCCUGGCACCAGUCUUGAGCCCAGUUUGUCCACUGAGGAGGAAACUCUGGCAGAAUUAUCGCAAUCUGACCUUCGAUCCUGUCAGCGCCAACCGUCACCUCUACCUGUCUCGGCAGGACCAGCAGGUGAAGCACCGUCGCCAGCCCCGGGGCCCAGAUGGGCCAGGCAGCUUCGAGCUCUGGCAGGUGCAGUGUGCCCAGAGCUUCCAGGCCGGGCAGCACUACUGGGAGGUGCGUGCAUCUGACCACUCAGUGACACUGGGCAUCGCCUACCCGGAGCUGACGAGGCGCAGGCAGGGGCCCCACACAGACAACAUCGGCCGUGGGCCCAGCUCCUGGGGGCUGUGCAUUCAGGAGGACAGCGCCCAGGCCUGGCACAACGGGGAGGCCCAGCGCCUCCCGGCGGUAUCAGGGCGGCUCCUGGGCGUGGACUUGGACCUGGCCUCUGGCUGCCUGACCUUCUACAGCCUGGAGCCCAAGACCCAACCCCUGCACACCUUCCACGCCUUCUUCACCCAGCCCCUCUACCCUAUUUUCUGGCUCCUUGAAGGUAGGACCCUGACUCUAUGCCAUCAGCCCGAGGCCAAGCUCCCUCCAGGGCUCCAGGAAGAGGCCUCAGGGCUCAUCCAGGCACGCCACGUGAGGGUCCGUGGACCGGAACUGGAUUCUUCGAACGACGGACUUGAGGAUGACUUCAAUUUCCCAUUUCAGCAGCGCCCUGGCCUGACCACGCAGAACGCCAAAGGACGGGCCCAGGAGGGGCUGUCGUCCAGGAGCCCCUCAGGUCCUGACAGUGUUAUCCGCUCGCUGUGGGACAUACCGCUCCGGACGAGAACUGGGGGGAUGGAGGGGCCCAGUGAGAAUGAGAAAAGGACGCGAAAAGCGGGCCAGAGGCCUGAAGCUGGGCCGGGGCCCGGGGCCCUAUACUUGCUCAUGGGUCAGAGGAGAGGCAGACAGCCCACAGCUAGCCAGCCUGCCCUCUCCCCAGGCAUUUGGGAAAGGCAUCAGCCUGGGCUUGAGACACCACUGGCAGAUUAUAGGACAUCAUGGCUACUCCCAGUCCCACCUAUGCACAGAUGCCACUCCCAAGUCGCCCCUUUUCUCCCUCUGCAUGAGGCCUGGGACCCCAGUGCACGGCUGAGCCUCUGCCAGACCCCUACUCCUAGAGGGUGUCAUUUGCAGGCCGAGCAGCCCAAAGUCCUGAGCGCUGUGGAGGACCGCAUGGAUGAGCUGGGUGCCAGCAUCGCACAGUCCCGGCGCACGGUGGCCCUCAUCAAGAGUGCAGCCGUGGCAGAGCGGGAGAGGGUGAGCCGGCUGUUUGCUGAGGCUGUGGCCAUCCUCCAGAGGUUCCAGACAGAAGUGCUGGGCUUCAUCGAUGAGGGGGAGGCGACCAUGCUGGGCCGCUCCCAGGGCGACCUGCGGCGGCAGGAGGAACAGCGUGGCCGGCUCAGCCGGGCCCGCCACAACCUCAGUCAGGUCCCCGAAGCUGACUCAGUCAGUUUCCUGCAGGAGCUCCUGGCACUCAGGCUGACCCUGGAGGAGGGGUGUGGCCCUGGGCCUGGUCCCCCGCAGGAGCUCAGCUUCACCAAGUCAUCCCAGGCUGUGCGGGCAGUGAAAGACGUGGUGGCUUCAGCCUGCACCAGGCAGUGGGAGCGGCUGCGGGGGCUGAGCAGUGACGAGGACGGGCUGCAGAAGCCAGGCACAGAAGCAGAUACUGAGUCCCAGGACCCUGAUAGCACCAACAACCUGGAGAGUGAGGCUCCCCGGGAUUACUUCCUCAAGUUUGCCUACAUUGUGGACCUGGACAGCGACACAGCAGACAAAUUCCUGCAGCUGUUCGGAACCAAAGGUGUGAAGAGGGUGCUGUGUCCCAUCAACUACCCCGAGUCGCCCAUCCGCUUCACCCACUGUGAGCAGGUGCUGGGCCAGGGCGCCCUGGACCGGGGCACCUACUACUGGGAGGUGGAGAUCAUCGAGGGCUGGGUCAGUGUAGGGGUCAUGGCUGAAGACUUCUCCCCACAAGAGCCCUACGACCGGGGCCGGCUCGGCCGCAAUGCCCACUCCUGCUGCCUGCAGUGGAACGGACGCAGCUUCUCCGUCUGGUUCCACGGGCUGGAGGUGGCCCUGCCUGACCCCUUCUCGCCCACGGUCGGGGUCUGCUUGGAAUACGCUGACCGAGCCCUGGCCUUCUAUGCCGUGCGGGACGGCAAGGUGAGCCUUCUGCGGAGGCUGAGGGCCUCCCGGGCCCGCCGGAGCAGCACCCCAGCCUCCCCCGUGGACCCCUUCCAGAGCCGCCUGGACAGCCACUUUGCGGCGCUCUUCACGCGCAGGCUCAAGCCUGCCUUCUUCCUGGAGAGCGUGGAUGCGCAUCUGCAGAUCGGGCCCCUCAAGAAGUCCUGCAUAUCCGUGCUGAAGAGGAGGUGAUGCGGGGGCACAGAACUGCCCCAGUGUCUGGGGAGCUUGCUUCUCUGCACUCGCCUUGCCCCAGGGAAGGCACCGGCCUCGGAGUCCCACACGUUCCCCAGCCUUCUCCUUUCUAGAGGCCUCCACCUUCCAGAUACGUGGCCUUCCACCUCCAGGGAGGAGGCUCCCCAGUCCUUGUGCCCCUGCAGGCCUUGUUUCUGGGAGAAGGAGCCACAUCUCAGUCAGCCCCAGGCUGCCCUGACCCUUCCUCUCCCAGGUUCCCGGGCCAGUGCCUGGCACAUAGUAGGUACUCAAUAAACAUUUGUUGACUGACU